AUGAAUCAACAUUCCCCCACGUCGUCCUCCGGUCCAGAAGACGCUGCCGAAAACACUGCGGACGAGGAGGAUUCUGAAGAUUAUUGCAAAGGUGGAUAUCACCCCGUCCAAAUUGGCGAGAAAUUCAAGGAUGGAAAGUAUACGGUUGUGCGAAAACUAGGAUGGGGCCACUUUUCGACCGUCUGGCUCUCUCGAGACAACACGAAUGGCAAGCACGUCGCAUUAAAGGUCGUGCGAUCCGCCAGUCACUACACGGAAACCGCUAUCGAUGAAAUCAAAUUGCUCCAGAGGAUCGUACAAGCGAACCCUAACCACCCAGGCCGAAAGUACGUUGUUAGCCUGCUUGACUCGUUCGAACACAAGGGACCGAAUGGGGUGCAUGUAUGCAUGGUGUUCGAGGUUCUUGGGGAAAAUCUUCUAGGAUUGAUCAAGAAGUGGCAGCAUAGGGGCAUUCCUCGCGAUCUUGUCAUGCAAAUCACGAAGCAGGUCUUAAUGGGCCUGGACUACCUGCAUAGAGAAUGCGGCAUCAUUCAUACAGAUCUCAAACCCGAGAACGUUCUGAUAGAGAUAGGCGACGUCGAGCAGGUGGUGAAGAAGGUGGUGAAGAACGAGAACUCGGACAAGGAAAAUAACAGGAACGGAAGACGAAGAAGACGAACGUUGAUCACUGGCAGUCAACCGUUGCCGUCACCUUUGAACGCGAACUUCAAUCGCGACAACCUAUUCCCAUCGACCAAAUCCCAUAGCAGCCUCAAUGCUAUGUUACACGAUGCAGCAACGUCAAGUUCGUCUACCAGCGAUAAACAGGGACAGAGGGAAAAGACAGCUGAGCUCCUUACCAAGGAAGUAUCUGGAAUUUCUCUCGAUAAGUCCGCUACCGGCAGCACUGCGUCUACAAGCGAAAAAAGGAAGAGAAAGCGAAAGGGGCCAAUUAUCAACGUCAAGAUUGCGGAUUUGGGAAAUGCCUGCUGGGUCUCUCACCACUUCACAAACGACAUCCAGACAAGACAAUAUCGAUCGCCAGAGGUUAUUUUGGGCGCGAAAUGGGGCGCGAGCACCGAUGUUUGGAGUAUGGCCGCGAUGGUAUUCGAACUGAUCACUGGCGAUUACCUUUUCGAUCCCCAGUCAGGAACCAAGUAUGGCAAAGAUGACGACCAUAUCGCACAGAUUAUCGAGCUUCUUGGCCCCUUCCCUAAGGAACUAUGGAAGACUGGUCGCUGGUCCCAAGAGAUAUUCAAUAAGAGAGGAGAAUUGCGUAAUAUCCAUCGCUUGCGGCAUUGGGCGCUAUCUGACGUCCUACGUGAAAAGUACCACUUUAAGGACUAUAAGGAUCUACCACCGAAGGAGCGGGAAGAGAAGGAGAAGGCUCGGAGGGAACGGGCCGAGGCCAAGGUCAAGGCUAAGAUGGAAGCAAGGAAAAACGGUGAGGACGAGGACGCUGUAGAGGACCUCUUCCCGGAAGAUGAACCCACCCUCGAGUACCAGCCUUCUGAGGUAUCUGAAUUCCUCCUGCCGAUGCUCGAGCUACUACCGGAAAAACGUGCGAAUGCUGGCGGCAUGUCGAAUCAUCCGUGGUUAGAUGACACGCCGGGUAUGGAGGACAUAAAAAUAGAAGGACUCAUACCUGGAGGCAAAGGCGAGGGCAUUGAAGGCUGGGCCUGCGAGGUGAAGAAGCGGUAGAGUUUUUGGUUACAUGUCGCUAGCUCUCGGUAAUGGUUAUAAUGAUUCUCGGGGUUCGUCCAUAGGGCUACUCGUAAGAGAAAGACAUGAUCAGUCCUUCCUUUUUUAUCGAGGAAAGAGAAAGAAAGAAUCUAACAUAGAACGGGCUUCGAUCCAAUGAUUUACGACUCCCUUCGCAGGAGCAGAGGAGAGAAGAGAAGCAAAGAGAAUUUGUAAAAAACGAGAGCAAUAAAGUUCUAGGAGUAAUGUGUUCGUUAUAGUAGAACCCGGAACGUUCCCCUUUUCAGGGACUUCUUUUCCCCGACACCCUUUAACUGCUUGCUCUUUGUUACAUUAGAAUCACAGCACUGUAGGUAAUGAAUGUAAUAAGUCGGUGGAUUUGAGAGGAUAAAUGCACAUGUCAACGUAAAAUGUUAUAUCCAAUAUAUUGUAUUCUAGAGAAGAAUAUUCAAAGUAGUACAAUAUAAAGCAGCUACAUAGGUCUGCUUAUGUCAAAUA